AUGGUUUCGUACAUCAACAUCUUGCUCUACGGCGUCGGAGGGUUAGUCGUCGCCGGCAUGGCAUUGCUCGUCGCGUUUCAGGAGAAGCUCGUGUACGUUCCGGUGUUGCCGGGACUCACCAAAUCCUACUCUAUCAAUCCCUCUCGUCUACGACUCACUUACGAAGAUAUCUGGCUCUCUUCUUCCGAUGGCGUUCGGCUUCACGCUUGGUUCAUCAAGCUUUUCCCUGACUCCAGAGGACCAACCAUUUUGUUUUUUCAAGAAAAUGCUGGAAAUAUUGCUCACCGCCUGGAAAUGGUUCGCAUUAUGUUGGACAAGUUACAAUGCAAUGUUUUCAUGCUUUCUUACCGAGGUUAUGGAGCAAGUGAUGGAUAUCCUUCCCAGCAGGGAAUUAUUAAGGAUGCUCAGGCUGCAUUGGAUCAUCUUUCUCAGAGGUCUGAUAUAGAUACAUCUAGAAUAGUUGUAUUUGGACGAUCACUUGGGGGUGCAGUUGGAGCUGUACUAACAAGAAAUAACCCUGACAAGGUUGCUGGACUGAUACUUGAAAACACUUUUACAUCUAUAUUGGAUAUGGCCGGAGUUUUGUUACCGUUUUUGAAGUGGGUUAUUGGAGGCAGCGGUUCAAAAGGUCCGAAGCUACUCAAUUUUGUUGUACGUUCUCCAUGGAGUACUAUUGAUGUUGUUGGCGAGAUCAAGCAGCCUAUCCUUUUUCUUUCUGGAUUGCAAGAUGAGAUGGUCCCCUCAUCACAUAUGCAAAUGCUAUAUGCUAAGGCAGCUACUCGUAAUAACCAGUGUCUUUUUGUGGAGUUUCCCAACGGCAUGCAUAUGGAUACUUGGCUGACUGGUGGUGAUGAGUACUGGAGAACGGUUCAACAGUUUCUUGAAAAACAUGCUCCAGAGAAAAAUGAAGACAGAUCAUCCCCAAAUGGAAACGAUGCUGGGGCUAGGUGA